UAUCAACAAUUCGAGGCCCACUCACGGUGUGUCUUUGGCCCUGUGAUGGCACAACAUAAUUCAGUUCUAUGAUUUGUUCAAUAAAAUGCUCAAUAAAAGAGUUAUUCUUUUAUUCAUUAAUCAAUAGCUGUUAAAGAUUUCCAGAGCCUAGACACAGCUAGUUCCGUAGGCUAACCUCAACUAUGGGCAAUUAUGCGGGUGAUUUUAUAAUUUGCCUCAUAGUUUUGUUUUCACUAUGCAUCAUAUACAGUACAACGCAUAUAAUCAAAUCUUUCAUUGGAAGUGGAGAAAAUAUAAUUAGUUCACAAACUUAUUACAGUUGGAUCAUUAGAUUUUGUUUCAAUUUUUGUGGCUAUGCCACUGUGUUGUUACCAGGAUACCUCAUUUUCAAGUAUGUUAGAAGAAGUAAAUACUUCCAAAGGAGAGGCAAAGGAUGCCUGCCCAGACUAGUCCAUUCUUGUUUUGUGGGAAGUGGAGAUCAAGGAUUGCUUGAUUCUUCACACUAUUCACCCACACCAACUAAUAGUCACUCGCAGCGAACUUUUCUUCAAGAUUCAUUAUUACUGAUUCAUUGCUUUUUGGGACUACAAGUUAGUUAUUUGACAUGGGGCUACUUGCAGGAAAAAAUCAUGACUCAGAAAUAUGAUGAUGGAAGUGGUAACACAAGUCAUUUUAAAGACUCUCAAUUUCUAGUCUUUAUAAAUAGAGUGCUUGCAGUUUUCAUAUCUGCAGUCUGUUUAUUAAUCAUCAGACAACCGCCUCACACAAUUCCGCUGUACAAAUACGCAUUUUGUUCGUUCUCUAAUGUCUUGAGUAGUUGGUGCCAAUAUGAAGCUCUCAAGUACGUAAGUUUUCCAACUCAGGUGUUAGCUAAGGCUUCAAAAAUUAUUCCUGUCAUGAUCAUGGGAAAAAUUGUAUCUCGUGCAAAGUAUGAAUACUACGAAUACGUAACAGCUGUGCUGAUUUCCAUUGGAAUGAUGAUGUUUAUGUUGGGUAGCACUGAUCAUAAAAAUGAUGGUGCCACCACAUUUUCUGGAGUGAUACUUUUGGGUGCUUACAUGACAUUGGACAGCUUUACGAGCAAUUGGCAAAAUGCCUUGUUCAAUGAUUACGGUGUUACUAGUUUGCAAAUGAUGUGCGCUGUUAAUUUAUUUUCUUGUUUGCUGACAGCAACUUCAUUGUUUCAACAGUCUAGCUUAUGGUAUUCUUUAGCCUUCAUAACAACGUACCCUCACUUUAUAUUGGAUUGUAUUUUAAUUUCUGUAUUCUCUACAACGGGACAAUUGUACAUAUUUUAUACAAUUUCGAAUUUUGGAGCUGUUACAUUCAUCAUAAUGAUGACGGUACGCCAGGGGUUUGCGAUCCUUUUAUCGUGUUUGCUGUAUCAUCACUACAUUACACCACUAGGUAUACUUGGAAUAUUUUUAGUAUUUUUGGCAGUGUUCCUACGUAUAUAUUGCAAUAAUAGAUUGCGCUCUAUUAAGAAACGACGUGCUGAGGCUAUUAGCAUAAAAAACAAAUCGUAACUAAU